GUACUGAGAUGAGAGUGAAGGAAGGGUCCUUUCUGUGGUACCUCUAUCUGGAUAAAAUAUACUGCUUGUUAUCUGCAAGAAAUGUGAAGGCCUUGCUGGAAUAUUUUCGCCUUCUUGAUGUACACCGCCAAAACUCCUUAAACGAUGUGCUGUUCUAUCACUUCCUCCGUUACGUGACUAACUUGAAGCCCAGAGAGAUCAGGAUGGUGUUUGACAUGCUGGACUGCAAUGCUGUGGGUGAAAUUGGAUUUGAGGAGUUCUACUUGUUGGUUUGCAUAUUGCUGUCACACCAGAAUCAUUUGGAAGAACAAUUUAUGUAUUGCCAUCCCCGUCAUGUUUUUAGACUGCUUGAUAUAAAUGGAGAGCAGAGAAUCAGUACAACCAACUUCCGCACGUACAAAUUUCUCUUUAAUAUUAAAAAAGAGCAUCUCAAAGAGUUCUUCUAUGGCUUUGGCUCCACUGAUGACCGUCGUCUUAAUUACAAGGAAUUUAAGAUAUAUACCAUCUUCGCCAAUGACAAAUUCAAGGAAAGGCAGAGAAGGGAGAGAGAGAAACAGGAAAAGAGAAAUAAAUUUAAAUCUCAGAUCAAGAAAAUAAUGUAUCAAAUUGCUGUGAGCAGAAGAUUUUUGAAGACCUCUUAA